AUGAGGUCCGUUAUCGCGAGGCGUGGCCAACCGGCUUCACUUCCUAUCGGCUGGCACCGACGGUUCCUGAUCUGCUUUUUUGGCAACCCAAAUUCGAAGGGUCUUUAUACCACUUGGCCGGGGCCGGUCCCUGAUCUCUUCGUCUGCCUGAGCUUUCUUGGUUUGACAUUUAUAAGGCUCCAAUCGGAAAAUGAGGCAGCGGAUUGGAUAAAAUGUUUCUGGGUCCCUGGGAAGGACCAGAGUUGGACAGGACCGACUCUGGAAGCUUUGGCAGAUGAGGAAUCUUCGGACGCAAACCAGGCUAUGAUCAAAGCGGACGCUCGUGGCCUGGCUCCCCAAUAUGUCGAGGAGAAACAGACCCGUCGAGAAGAAUCAAAAUCUCCCAGCGGCCGGUCAGAAGGCAUUCAGCCAGACGAAGUUAUCGAAUUCGACAUUGAACCUCAAGAUGAAAAGCCAAAGAAAACACAAACGAGACGCCACAGCGAACACCACCCGAACCAUAGACGAGACGAAUUCUCAGAGCAUCGUAAAAGACAGCCAAGAUACUCCAUGAGCAGCAUGCCUGGUCGGAAUGGAUUCGAGCCUCGAAACCACACCCAGUAUUUCAUGGAAACUACAAGUACAGAUGGUCCCCCAGACUCUAGUGCAUUCAAUACAUUCGAUACCUUUGAUACUUUCGACGACACCGCAAGCGAGUUUACUCCUUUGCCCGAAAAUCCGAGAUAUAGAGCCCGGCGAAAUAUGCGCCGAAGCUCGAUGAACUCAAGUGCCUCUAUCCGAUCCGCCCAAUCCGACAGCUUCCCAAUAUCCCCAGCUUCACCUCACGAAAACCCUGCUGAUAAUCCAAGCCUCCCGUCCCCUCGUAAUUUUAGAAGGAGGACCAACAGCCAUACCAGUCCGACAUCACCCACAAAUAGAUUCCGAAGCCUGUCUCCGAUUGCUGACUACCGCCCGCGAAGGGUGCCUUCACCAACAAAUACCGAGCCCGUGUAUCAUCAAUCCGAGAGCUCGUAUAUGCCAACACCCGAGUCUUCAAAUACGAAUUGGUCUGAUUACACGCCGCCUGUGCAACCUGCACCCCGGUCUCCAGGCAGUACUGUCUCAUAUGCCUCGAGCCGAAGCUACGUUCCAGGAUCAGCCCCAGAGGCAGCCGAGAAUGUUAAUGGUGACUUCACCGUUCAGGCCAUACGUUCCUUCUCUGAGAGCGCGGAAGGCCGGUUUUACAAGGUUCGAUGGGCAAACACUUGGGAGAGCAAAACCUCUAUGCGUGCAGCGACUGAAUCCGGCAAGUAUACUGUCAAGGAAGUGUUGGAGUCGAGAUACGUAAAUGGAAAAGGCUUGUAUCAUGUCAAAUGGCAAGAUACUUGGGAAUCUGAACAGGAACUCGGGGAUAUCGACCCGGUCAGGGUAUAUUGGCAGGAUGUGGCAGCAGGUCGUAGACCACAGGGACAUAGACAAUCUUUUGCUUGA